AUGGACUCUCUACGACCGCCACAGGCAAUGGAUUCCAAAAACAAAGAAGAAAAUGAUAAAAAACACAAAACAGAGAAGAACAAAGAGGUGAAAGCGAGCCCGGCACAUUCCACUAUGGCUCUGAUUCAGGAUGAACUUGAUAAAACGGACGCCUGGGAACUGCCGGAGCUCCAGGACACCGGAGUCCCCUGGUCAGCUCUGGACACCAGUGGGAAGGUGAAGAGAGUGCUGGUGUCAGCGGCGAAGCUGCUGCUGUUGCUGGGGUUUCUCUACAUGUUCAUCUGUUCCCUGGACAUCCUCAGCUCAGCGUUCCAGUUGGUUGGAGGUAAAACAGCAGGGGACAUCUUCCAGGACAACACGGUUCUGUCAAACCCUCUGGCUGGUCUGGUUAUCGGCGUUCUGGUCACUCUGCUGGUGCAGAGCUCGUCCACUUCCUCCUCCAUUGUGGUCAGCAUGGUGUCCUCUGGGAUUUUGACGGUGCAGGUGGCUGUGCCGAUCAUCAUGGGCACCAAUAUCGGCACCUCCGUCACCAACACGCUGGUUGCCAUGACGCAGGCCGGUGAGCGCAACACCUUCCGCAGGGCUUUUGCCGGAGCCACGGUGCACGACUUCUUCAACUGGCUGUCCGUGCUGGUGCUGCUGCCUCUGGAGGUUGCCACUGGUUAUUUGUAUAUUGUCACCAAGCUCAUCAUCGACUCCUUCCAAAUCGAGAGUGGGGAGGCCCCCGACCUGUUAAAUGUGAUCACUGACGUCCUCACUGAGUCAAUCAUACAGCUGGACAAGUCCGUCAUCAGUGGGAUUGCCACCGGAGACCCGGAGGCCAGGAACAAGAGUCUCAUUAAGAAGUGGUGCAAAACUUUCACAAACACAACAUUAAUGAAUGUUACUGUUCCUGGACCGGAGAACUGCACCUCUCCCUCCUUCUGCUGGGACGAUGGCAACUACACCUACACUCUGAAGAACAUUUCUGAGACAAUCAACAUUGAGAAAUGUAAUCACCUCUUUGUUGACGUGGAUCUCCCCGACCUGGCCAUUGGCCUGAUCUUGCUGGCUCUGUCUCUUCUGGUGCUUUGCUCCUGCCUCAUUCUCAUCGUCAAGCUCCUAAACUCCAUGCUGAAGGGUCAGGUGGCUGCAGUCAUCAAAAAGAUCUUGAACACUGACUUCCCAUUUCCAUUCGGCUGGGUCACCGGGUACAUCGCCAUCUUAGUUGGAGCCGGAAUGACGUUCAUUGUGCAGAGCAGUUCAGUCUUCACCUCUGCUAUCACUCCACUUGUUGGUAUUGGUGUCAUCAGCAUAGAGAGAGCAUAUCCACUCUCUCUGGGUUCAAAUAUAGGAACCACCACUACAGCCAUCCUGGCAGCCAUGGCCAGUCCUGGAGACACACUGGCCAACGCUCUACAGAUCGCCCUUGUGCACUUCUUGUUCAACAUCUCGGGCAUCAUCCUGUGGUAUCCGAUCCCGUUCACCCGCAUCCCCAUCCGACUGGCCAAAGCUCUGGGCAACACCACCGCCAAGUACCGCUGGUUCGCAGCUGUCUACAUCAUCUGCUGCUUCUUCGUCUUGCCGCUCUUCGUCUUCAGCCUGUCACUGGCCGGCUGGCAGGUGCUCGUGGGCGUGGGCGUCCCUCUGCUCGUCAUGCUGAUCGUCAUCAUCGUGAUCAACGUGCUGCAGAAGCGGAAGCCCAGUUGUCUGCCCUCAGCGCUGCGGUCCUGGGACUUCCUCCCCCUCUGGGCCCACUCGCUGGCUCCCUGGGACAAAGUGGUUGGAGUGAUCACGGCUAAAUGCUGCUGCUGCUGCAAAUGCUGCCAGAUUGCCUCUCCUGACCAAGACGAUAAAUUACAAGAGUCUGUGGAAGAGAACCAGAACGGACAUCCAGCAGCGUAUGACAACCCUGCAAUGAGUGCAGAGAAAGAAGUAGAAGAUGAGAUAAAAAUAGAGCUGAACAUUAUAAACAUGACCCGCCUUUGA